AUGGAGGACGAAAAUGAUAAUGAUAUCGAAACCAGCGCCCAAUUGGAAGCUAUGGGGUUUACAUCUUUCGGCCAACAACCGAAGCGGCCCAAACAUCGACACCAUGGGCCUUCGGGACCUCCCGGAUCCCCUCCAAGAGUCGAAAUUCCAAAGGAAGCGGCUCCGGCGCCCCUGUCAGGUGAUGAUACGAGCGUCUGCGAUGAGGCUGGAGGGUCAGAACAGCAACGACACAAAGCAUCUCGUAGCUAUGGGCAGGUGCGGUUCCCCCUCUUCCGUGACUACAGGUAG